AUGCCCGACUCCUGGCGAUCACUGGUUUCGUUGACAAUAUUGGUAUUUUUGUCGUGUCUCUCAUCUGCUCAAAGUCCAUGUGGAACGGAUCAAAAUCCAUAUUGCGCUGGAGAUGCUCUUUUUGAGCAACUAUGCUGCAGUUAUCCCAAUGUCUGCUACUGGGCAAAUCGAGAUGGUCAGCCGGCGUGUUGUCCUUAUGGUCAGGUAUGCGAUGGACUCGCCCCAUAUAGUACACGCACUACCUUCAUCACUCCAAUCACUAUCACCAGUACUCGCCCGACCACUAUAACGACUGCUCCACCACGCUCAACUAUUACAAGCUAUGUCAGCGGUGGCGGUGUUGUGGUCGUGACUGUCACCAAUCCUCCCCCAACUGUCACGUCCUUCAUCAGUGGCUGGUGUCAAAAUGGUCCAUGCCAAACGGUGACUUCAGGUGUGGUUGGAGUCUAUUCUACCAUCACUUCUGGUGUUGUUGGAGUCUAUUCAACUGUUACCCAAGAGGUUGGCCAGGCGUUCUCAAGUGUCUCAGGAGUACUGGUUGGCAAUGAAGCUUCGAGAACGACUAAUGCCGCUACUUGGGUACUGAUCACGGCUGUUGCAUUGAAUAUCGCUUUGAUUAAUUUUGGCUGA